CGAGCGUUGUCAACAGGAUGUAACGCGGCAAACAAAAACAAACACCCACGAAGAAGAAGAACACUGACAACCAACUAGUCCCAUAAAACACCCAAGAAGAAGUUAUCACAAUCUCCAGAAACCUUGCGAUGAGAUGACACACUGCCCGGAGACAUUUAUAAUCGUGGGAUAAACAAACAGUGAAUAAACAAAGGCCCGUAGAGUCUAUGGAAAGUGACAGAGGGCAGGACUGGUGCUAGCGAGUGGAUGUGAGUGUGGUGUAGGCGGUUUAUGUGGAUGGAACUGACCGCCACGCCAGACCGGUGAGAUUCAAGUACAAAAUGAAGCUCCAUUUCCUAGGCACAGGAUCAAGCUCUCCUACAAUAAGAAGAGGAGUAUCAGCAACUGCUGUUCAACUUGAUGAUGGAAGUGUUUGGCUUUUCGACUGUGGUGAGGGGACACAGAUACAGUUACAAAGAUCUUCUAUAACUACUAAUCGAAUCACUAACAUCUUCAUCACCCAUCUUCAUGGAGACCAUUUGUUUGGUUUACCUGGGCUUCUGUGCACCAAGUCAUCACAAACACCCCCUGCAGAAAACAUGAAGAAAGGAAACACCUCGUCAGUUGUCAACAUUUAUGGUCCUGAGGGAAUCGACAGGUUCAUUACAACAUCUUUGGCAAUAUCACAGAGCCUUUUAGAUUUUCAAUUCAAGAUACAUGAACUUUUACCGGAACCAGAGCAAGUGACUGAGGAGUGCCAAGUGUUUGAGGAGGGCUCCAGAGAAAGGAAUUCCCCCCUCCUCCCCAACCAGCUACCAGGGAUCCAUAUCAGGGCUACCAAAGACUCACAAGGAAAUGCAUCAUGGCUUUUGAGAGAUGACGAAUUCUGGCGUGUGGAAGCAGGAUGGGUCCAUCACAGAGUCCCAACCUAUGGGUUUGUUAUUAGAGAAAGAAAUAAACCUGGCUCGCUCAACACAACCAAGUUACUUUCUCUUGGAAUUCCUCCAGGACCAGUAUAUGGCCAGCUGAAGGCUGGGCGUAGUGUGACAAUGAGCGACGGAAGGGUAGUGCAGCCGCAGGAGGUGACAGGUCUUGCUAUUCCUGGGAGAACCGUAGUCAUUAUUGGAGACACAAAAGAUGCCAGCCCUCUGUCCCACCUCCUUAGUGGAUGUGAUGUAAUAGUUCAUGAGGCAACGUUAGAUGACACACUGAAGAGCAAAGCAGAGGAGUUUGGCCAUUCCACACCAUCACAAGCUGUCAAUUUUGCCAUCAGUGUUGGAGCAAAAACUCUUCUACUGAACCAUUUUUCGCAGAGAUAUUUUCCUGCCCAACAGGAAAACUCCAAGAGACCCAGCGUGGCCAUUCUGCAGGAGCAGGCAGAGGCAGCAGCUGACUCUACCAUUCAUGUGCAAUGUGCUGAGGAUUUAUUUGUUUUUGAAGUACCAAAUAACCAUCAAGACGAGUGAUGUUGAUCUGUUACAUACUGGGAGAAUGUAAUCAUUUAAUUUUACUCUCUAAAACAUAACUUAGACCAUAAAGAAUAUAAUUUCUGUAUUGAGCAAUUCUGUAAUCUAAUUCAGCAUCUCCUUUGCAAACAGGGGACAAGACGCCUAAAAAAUAUUUUUCGACCCAGAGGUCAAUAUUGAGUUAUUAACAUCAUAAUCACCCUUGAAAUGUCUGGCAUCUUCUGUGAAAGCUGCAAGUUGAUGCCAUUAUUCCUUAUAUUUUUAAAUCGCCUAUGUUUACCAUUAUUUAAAUGCCCCGUGCGCUCCAAGCCACGUGUUAUUGCUAUUGCUUAUUGUUUUGAUGAUAUUGAAGCUUUUUUCUGCUUUUUGGGGGGCAUUUUUUAGUGCUUUAUCCCUUUUGGCUAUCAUAGGGCAACAUCGAGAGAGCGAGAGAGUAGUAGGAGGAGUGAGUCACAUUUGUGACUGUAGUGUCCCCUCUGACUCCUUGAGAGGAGGAUGUCACGUGCUCAGCUCCCAAGCGUCUUUCUCGUUUUGCGAAGCUGUUCCUGAAUUUAAGAGGAUUUGAAGCCAUGGGUUGCCCAUCUAAGCUCAGGAAAACGCACCUAGAAAAAGUUAUGAAAAUGACUGAGAGGAGGAGCAGGAGAAGGGAAGAGAGCGUAGCUUCGGGUGAGCAAGCCCUAUCUCCUGCCCCCCAGCCAGCCACCACCUCAUGACCUGAGUCAUCACCACUGCCUAACCCAGUACCCUCAACCUCCCAGCAUUCACCUCCACCAUCAUAAGUGACUACCGUAGCACCAGAAGUAACACGGACAUCUUUGUGAUGCCAGCUGUUCAAUAAGGAGUUUUUUCCUCCUCAUGAAGAUGAAGAAAGACUUAUACUUAGUCGCAAACAACUGGAAAGCCUUAUUUCAACAGCAUGCACAAAAUGCUGGGAGAGAAAGACGCUUCAGCUGACUCGUAACUGUUUUGACUCAACCGUCACUAUCACGUGUCCUCACCUGCGAGUGAGUAAUAUCCUGUAUACAGGAAGGGACCAGGUACCUUAAAGCCUAAACACUAAAAUAAACAUUGAAUUACC